CAGAAAGUAUGCUUGUAUGUGUAUACAAUUUUUAACACCUUUUGUUAAAUUUAAAAGUUGAAAGAAGCAGAAAACAAGGGCAGCCGUCGGGCACCGACUGUCUUUCUGCACUAUCACCUUAAAGCUAGACGCCGUCCAACUCCUUUGGCAUCACUUUGUAUCACAAUCCCUUCCUGCUCAAUGGCUGAACAGAAGCGGAAAAGGCAGAUGCCGACCAUUCCACCGUACAUGAAGGCCAUUUCCGGAUCUCUGGGAGGAAUCGUGGAGGCAAGCUGCUUGCAGCCCAUUGAUGUCAUCAAGACUCGGCUUCAGCUGGACCGGUCGGGUUCGUACAAGGGGAUCGUCCACUGUGGCUCCACCAUCAUCAAUAACGAAGGUGUACGGGCUCUAUGGAAGGGAUUGACGCCCUUCGCUACUCAUCUAACUCUAAAAUAUGCCCUUCGUAUGGGAUCGAACGCGGUACUACAGUCUGCUUUGAAGGACUCCAAGACGGGGAAUCUCAGUCCAUACGGAAGGGUUCUAUCUGGUUUCGGAGCUGGCGUUCUUGAAGCUCUCGUCAUUGUCACCCCUUUCGAGGUGGUGAAAAUUCAGCUACAACAGCAAAGAGGUUUAAGCCCGGAGCUUCUAAGAUACAAGGGGCCCAUACAUUGUGCACGGUCAAUUAUCCAUGAAGAAGGGAUUCGUGGCCUAUGGGCUGGAGCUUCCCCAACUGUGAUGCGAAACGGGACGAAUCAGGCUGCCAUGUUUACAGCCAAGAACACAUUUGACACGUUACUUUGGAAGAAACUUGAAGGUGAUGGCCAAGUUCUUCAGCCAUGGCAGUCUAUGAUAUCAGGGUUUCUUGCAGGAACAGCUGGUCCUAUAUGUACUGGACCUUUUGACGUUGUGAAAACAAGGCUGAUGGCUCAAAGCCGGUCAGCGGGUGAUGUGAAGUACAGAGGAAUGUUCCAUGCUAUCUCUACUAUAUAUACUGAAGAAGGUCUGCGUGCUCUAUGGAAAGGUUUACUUCCCAGGCUUAUGAGGAUCCCCCCUGGGCAGGCCAUCAUGUGGGCUGUUGCUGACCAAGUAAUUGGUUUGUACGAAAGAAGACAUAAUAUAGCUCUAUAGCUAUCUUGCCAUUGCCAUUGUUUUUCUUCUUGCGGUCUUUUAGUUUAUUCUUUGGCGAAGCUUGCAAGCUGUUUCAAGCUAUUUGAUUUCAUUUCGGUCAUACUUAUAUUACAUGACAUGGUAAUUUGGUCUCCUGCAAAAAGUCUUUGACUAGGCAGCAACACUGAGACUUCGUAACAAGUAUUGCUCGGAGCACCUCUUUCACAUAUGCUCAACCUUUCAAUGGUAUACAAUGCAAGCCUUGACCAGCUGCUUGUCAUAGCGCUUUCAUUCUAUUGGAACGGGGCAGUUUAGAUGGGGUGGAUGUCAGAUAUAGUGAUCCAUGUUGACCUGCUCAAAAUUUGAUUGUUUGCUCUUUGACAAGUUGAAGCUUGUAUACUUCGUAUUAGACAAGCAAUUUAAUAUUUAUAGAUGGAUGUUAUAUUUCUGUUUAUCUUUUCAUUUUUUAUUUAAGCCUUUACUCCAUAUGAAUUUACUCCGUAUUAGACAAGCAAUUUAAGCCUGGACCAUUUUUUAUUUGAUUGGAAUUCAUACAAGGGUAAAUUCAUAUGGUCGAUGGUUAGUGUUAUCCUUACUUUUCUUAAUGGGUUGGCCAUUGGAGGCAGCAGUAGAGGCUGCAGUAGGGUUCUUGAACAAAGCAGUAAAGCCGGUGCUGGUUGGAGGCCAAAAAAGUGUGUGUAGUCAGAGCAUGUAAUGCCUUAGUUGAGUUGGCUGAUUCUUGUGGUUACCAAUGGCAUGUAUGCGCUAUGCAGCUCUGCUAACGGGCUAGCUCCUGAACUACAUCUCCAUUUCAUUGGAACCUAUCGGGGACAGUGAGCACCGCCUUCUGUACCGACUGUUGAAUCGACAGAUGCUUACUUGUUUGUGGGAUCCAUACCCAAUCACUAUAGUUCUGUCAGCUACUCCACAAUGCCAGUUAUUCCCUCAAUGACUCAUUGUCAAUGUCCCGCAUUUGCCUGUGUUGUGAUGAAGAACUUCCUGCGUUCACUUGCCAAGGUCAGUGAAAAAUAUGAAAUGUUACACCUGAUCAAUAACUUCUUGUUUUCGUUUAGCUGAAAUAAAUUUACUCAGCUUGAGUGUGUUUUAUUUUACUUGUCUAGUAUUUUCCGGCGAUACAAAUGGAGUAUUUUAACAAUUACAGCGAUAUGUAGGUGUAUGAGUGUCAGUUUAUGUGAAGAGGGAUGGUGGGAGUUUCCGGGGGCUGGUCGAUCUUGACUUGACGACCAGUCAGCUUAUGUGAACAAUAGCUUGGGGCUGGUUUCAUUAUCUUUAGCAACAGCUUACAAGCAUUCCUCAUACCAUUUUCGUUGAAUGUAUUAUAAUCACUAGAAUUUGGGGUGUAGUUGAAUAAGUACUAACUGGUUGUAAGUUUCAGAUCUGUUUUUGAUUGUUUGUUGAAUAUUUAUAGACGUUCGUUCAUAUCUCUCGUUGACUUGCUAAAUGAACAAGUCCUACUCCAGCACAGUGCCACAGUUUAGCGGUUUAGCCUAUUUCGGCUAUUUGGUAAGUGGUAACCAUAGUUUCAUCUUAUUAAUCUUUAUUUUUACCAAACACAAAAUGUUUGAUGUCCCAUGAUGAAAUUGUGUAAUAAAUCAACCAAGUAAGGUUGAAGUUAUCUUUCAUACCGAAUUGGUUGAAGUUCUUAUACAAGAUCAUUUUAAUUUUAGCUAUUUCCCUUUAUUUUAACAAUAAAACAUACUCCCUCCGGUUCUAAAUAAACUUCACACUUUCCUUUUUGGGUAGGUCCAAAAUAAAUUUCACACUUCUAUUUUUGAAAAGUUUUUAAUAUAGAGUUACCCUUACUUUAUUAAUUACUUUACACUUAUUUUCUUUCUCUCACUACAUUUUAUUUACUUUUUAUAGGGGUAUGGUGAGGAAGUCAAAACAAAAAGUUCCACUUUCUUAGAAAUCGUAAAGUCAAACUAGGGAUGGAUCCGGGCCGGUCCGGUUCCGGUUUCGGGCCGAGCCCGGGCGGGCUUUUUUUGCAAAUCCUUGGGCCCGGAACUGGCCCGGGUUGAUAUCGGGUCCGGGCCUAACCGGGCCGGGCCGGGCCCGGUUCAAUGUCUAUUUUUUUUUUUGCUUUCUUGUUAUCCCCCGACCCCCCCUCACCCCCACCCCCAAAACCUCCCCAAAACACCCAGCCCUACCCUAGGAAAAGAAAAAAAAUUGAAAAAAAAAUUGACCCGGCCCCGGCCCGAACCGCCCGGGCCGGUUCGCCUAAAACUGGGCCCGAGCCUGGCCUGCCCGACCCACCCAAACGUGCUAAAAGCCCGGAACCGGCCAACCGGUCCGGUCCGGACCCGCACAGUAGCGGGCCGGGCCGGUUUAGUUCAUCCCUAAGUCAAACUAUGAAAAUUAUUUAGGACCGGAGGGAGUAUUUUAAAUACUAUGUAUAUAUUUUCUUUACUUUAUUAGUCAAAUACGCAGUAAAUUUUAAAUACACUAUUUUCACAAUCCAUCAUAUUCUUCCAUUUUAUGAUGUUUUAAAUUAGAUUGUAAUUUUCUGAUCUAGUUUGAUUUGUUUAGUUCUGAUUUGGUCUAAACUAAAUUGGUACCAAUGAGGUCAACGAAACAUCCCAAACUAGGUACACAAUUAUUGGGGUGGGGCUAGAGAGAACGGAUGACCAUUGUGGAGGGGUGCUGGACAGGGGUCUGUGGCAGCUAGAGAGCAAUGUGGGGUGAGGCGAGGUGUCAGCAACUAGAUGGGCGGGCUUGACGUCACUGAACAGGGCGACGACGGCCGAUCGGGCGACAACUAGGGACAAGGUGCUGGUCAGUGUGGUGGUUGUGGUCAAAAUAAGUAAUCACUAGCGACGACGAGCAGUAAUUGGGUCCGGUGGUGGUCACUGCCUUGAUUGUCACAGUUGCUGGUAUGAGUGUAAAAAUCUUGGAAAUCACGUUUUUGGUAUAUUUUAAAAAGAGUCAUAGUUUUUGUUCAAGACUUUUCUUUUAGGUAGGACUUUCUAAGAAAACUCAUAAAAGAUGCAACUUUUAGUUUCCAUUAGCCCUAUUAUUCAUUCAUACAAAACUAUUGUGUUGGGCAAAUGACUAUAAAAAUUAUAACAUGGUGAGAAAUAUAUGUGCAUAGAGUGUAUUCUUAUGUAAAUUAUGGAAUACGGUGAAUAUAUUAAGAUUUAACUUACUUCCUCUGUAUUCUACUGAUUGCUAGAAUAUGGUUUGAUACAAUAUUGAAGGUAAGAAUAAUAAAAAAUGAGUAAUUUAUAUAAACAAGUGGGAGAAAAGAUUGAAAGUUAUGAAUGAAUACAUGAAGUAGAAAAAGUAAGAGCAAUUGAUUUUUUUAGAUCUUACUAAAAGAAUAGAAUGUAAAAAAUAAUAAUGAUAUAUCCUAAAAAAAUUAUAACUAACAAAAGAAUAUGAAAAAUGACACAAACUCGAAAAUUUAAGGUAGAAUUUCAAAAAGAAUUGCGGAUUUGUUGAAUCAAAGACAAAUUUUAGUUUUAGAUUAAUAAAACUUUAGUUAUGUGUCGAUGAAAAUAGCAGUAGCGGCAACGUAUAGCGGUAUGAAUCAGGAGAAAGAAAAGAAACUCAGAAAGUGCUGAGGCCUGAGGAGCACAAAGGAAAAAAUGGUGGGAGAAAGAAGAAGAAAGCGGAAGGUAUGAAUGGGGGGCAAGGUGGAUGAAGAAAAAGUCUGAAAACAUUAAAAAAGAACACUUGGACUACAUGGGCAUGAACUAUGAAGUAACUGGAUAAUCGAUAAAACAGACUAAACAACUCAAAUUGAACGGUUUUUAAGAGUUUGAGAAUUGAAUGAUGGUAGAGUAUGAGAUUUUAAUUAACAUUAUCGCCCAAACUUAAUAUGAUGAUUUAUUUGACAGUUUUCCUAUUAUGUUGUACUCUGUCAAACUCAUUUGAGCUUCGGGUGUUUCAUAAUAAUGGGCCGGGCCAACCGGAUUUAAAGAACUCUCCAGGCCUAAUAUCUGGGGGGCCCGAAUUCCCGUGAGGGAUACCUACCGAUAGCCCAUUACACGUUCACUCCUAUUUUGUCCUAUAAGACCUACCGAGCGCCAUCUCCAUUUCCACCUUGAUAUAGUUCUAUAUUCUUCAGUUCCUACUUUUCAUUAUCUAUGCCGUUGAUGAAAUUAAAUGUUCGUAGAUUCCGAACAAUCAUAAUGUAGCGUUUAUUUUCUGUGUCUCUUUUCAUAUUAUUUAGCCAUGGAUGGAUCACUGAGGAUUUUUCCCAAUCUGAAUCUUCAAAACAUGAAGAUCAAUCAAUUACAAUAAUGAUCCAUAGUGCAUAGAGAGAAAGCUGAGCAAGAAUCAGCGGCGGCCAGACAACCGCUGAGAUGAGAUCCACAGAUGAGUUUGAACACCAUAAAACUUGUCUACUAAAACCAUCUUACAUCUCUGUUUAGGAAUCGUUCAAAUUAAGUUAAUGUGUGGUUCGUGUUUGGUCGGAUUUAGCUUAUCUCAAAUGAUUUUGCCAAUAUUUAAAUCCAUUUUGUUAGUUUCUAACUUGGAAUUAACGUUGUGCGAAUUACUGGUUUGGAAUUUGUAAUGAAAAUCAACAGAUUGUUGGUGAACUAUAAAAUCCUAAAAGUGGAAUAUGAUACUUUUGUUCUCUUUUAAUUGUAACAUUGUACUUUUUGCAUUAUUCACCUAUUUUAUUUUGAUUAUAUUUUAUUACUUAAUGUAUUAUAAAUUAAUUUUUUAAAAAAUAUUGUUAAACUAUUGAUUUUAAAUUUUCAAAAUAUGAUUUUUUGACUAAUUAGGAAUGAAAGAUAUUAAUGGUUAAAUUUGUACGUUGUCAAACGUGAAAUGUUGACUGUUUCACUUUAAAGGGAACGAAGGAAGUACAAAUUCAAUAUUUUCCUGUUAAAAAGACACUCUGUUUAAAGAACACGCUUAAUAUGUUAUUAAUAUUGUACGCUUAAAUUUUAUGAUUUCCCAUUUUAAUCCAUAGCUAAAAUAGAUAUUGAAAUGCGCCCGUGGACCAUGGUUAACCCAUAAAAAGGAGAAGCAGAAGUGGAGAACACACAGUUGCAAGCGCCCAUGGUUGGCACUUGGAAGAAGACUACUCGUAAUAUUAGAAAUAGAAGCAAUUUUGUAAGAUUGGACUAUCUCGAAUGAAAUAGGAUAUAAAAUAGAGAUGGAUGAUUAUUUUAAUCUUCUACAGAGUACGUAGAAAGUGAUCACCUUUACGUAGUGGUGUUAAGAUUCUUAUCUACAGCAGGAUAAGAGGGUCGAUGUAUGCCAACCUUGUCCUUCUAUUAAAGCAUAGAAAUGCUGUUUUGGAAUCACUAAUGGUGAAAUUCAUGAAUGUUGUUUCAUAUUUCCAAUUUACUUGGUCAUUUUUUAUUUUUCUAGUCAAAGAUGGUAAACUUUGACCAUCUAUUUAAAUUAAUACUCCAUCUGGUUCUUAUUAAAGUUCUCACUUUCCUUUUUUGGGUGUCUCUUAUUUAAGUGCACGCUUCCAUUUUAGGAAACAAUACACUGUCAAACAGUGCCAAACAGUGCACUCUACAGUAAAAUCAAAUCCAUUUUUUUAAUAUGUGUGAAGUCAAACUGAGAACUUAAAUAAGAACUGGAGGAAGUAUAUUUAUGCAAAUUUAAUAAUUUAAUACUUUUAUAAUAGUAAUUUUAAUAAAGAACAUUUUCAUAUCAUUUUCAAAUUAUUAAUAUUUGUUUUAUAUAAACAUAUAAUUGUUAAAAGUUAGAUGUCAUGUAUUUGAAAAGUCAAAUUUGGCUAAUUAAUUGUUAAGUUAUAAAGUAAUCAAUUUUUGGACAACAUUGCAAAUGAUGAAAAUAAUGUAGAGAGUAAUUUGGAGAAAAAAAUGAAAAAGAUGAUACUCGCUUCUUGAAGCAACAUGAGACUCGCAUGAAAACGAAAAUUAAUGUGGAGAUGCAAUUCUUACUUUCAUACCUAUUCAAAAUGCUCUUACUUUCAUGAUGUUGGGGAAAAACAUGAUCCUCUAUGCUUCCAGGAUCACGGGUUCAAAUCUUACAUUUAUUUAGAAUGUUUUCUUUUGGAUUGAAAUUUGCUGAUCUGAUUUUAUCUGUGUCUGAAAACAGUCCAAAAGAAACUCAUUCACUCAAAAGCUCUCCUCAAAGCUCUUUCUCAUCAUUUGAGGAGGCUCUCACAAGACGCUCACUCACAAAUCUCUCCCACAAUAAUGAGGAAUUUCAUUCCUAUUUAUAGUGCUCUCUCCAAAACUUCUCUAGUACUUUGUAUACAUCACUAUUAAUCUUCUAGAUUCUUUCAAAAUCUGUUCACAAGCUUUUUUACUAUUCUAGAAGGAUUUAGAGAACUCCACACUGCUUCGAAAUGUUCUAGAGGUUUCCACAUACUUCACAUCAUUCUAGAGAAUUCCACACUUCUAGAAAACUCCAC